UCCAAAGUCAGAAGGCAAUAAUAAAAAAGGCUGAUGUUUUUAUAUCAUCAAAUAAACAAAAAGACCCGUACUGAUAUGCUAUGUUCUUCAAGAAAGAUACUUGAAGAUUUUCUCUACUUCUGGCCGGUUUCCUUCUUCUCCAAUAUCAUUUUCUUUCUUUCUUUUUGACUCUCUCGCGAAUUCAACAAAACAAUCCCUUAACCUUUUCCUUCCUUUUUAACUAUGCAAAGCUUCAAACCAGCUCCUACUACUAACCCUGAAAUAUAUUGCCACUCUUCCUUCUUUCUCAGUUAAAAAAAAAAAACAGGGGAGUAGAUGAAAGCAGCCGAAACCAGACGCGUUUUGCGGAUCUUGGAGAGCUUGAACAACCUUUUCAGAACGAUGCUGUUGAUUUAAGCCCAAGCUCCAUGUUCAGUUUAAAAGCCAACAAUGUUGCUGUUGUUUCCAAUAACUUCCACUACAACACCUUGACCACGAGCAUUGGGUUUGCUACAGAUAUAGUAGCUUCAACUGGGACUGGAGGGUGUUUGGAUACAGGUCAGUUUAUAUACCAGAAGGGGACAACGGUUGGUUCCUCGUUGGGAAACGGGCAUAUUGAGAAUUGGGGCGAGUCAGGUUCAGGCAUGGCUGAUAACAGCCAACAGACUGACACUUCUACAGAUGUUGACACUGAUGAAAAAAACCAGGUUCAUGGAGUUCAGCGUGGAGCACUUGUGGUCGUAAAUUCAAUGGAUCAAUCCAAGGCUAAAACUGGUGACCAAAAGGUGCUGCGUAGGUUGGCUCAGAAUCGGGAAGCUGCAAAAAAGAGUCGACUGAGGAAGAAGGCAUAUGUCCAGCAGCUAGAGAGUAGUCGUCUCAGGCUUACACAACUAGAGCAGGAGCUUCAAAGAGCUCGCCAGCAGGGUAUUUUUAUUGCAACCGGAGUUUCAGGAGAGCAAGGCCAUUCCGGGACUGGAAGUGGGGCUUUGGCAUUUGACCUGGACUAUGCACGCUGGCUUGAUGAACAUCAGAGGCUGAACAAUGACCUAAGAUCAGCUGUAAACUCUCAUAUGGGUGAUAAUGAAUUAUGCCACCAUGUCGAUGGUGUUAUGGCACAUUAUGAUGAAGUAUUCCAACUAAAGAGCAUCGGUGCAAAGGCUGAUGUAUUUCACAUUCUAUCUGGCAUGUGGAAAACACCUGCUGAGAGGUGUUUCAUGUGGUUGGGUGGAUUUCGUUCAUCUGAACUUCUCAAGAUACUUGGCAACCAUCUAGAACCCUUAACAGAUCAACAGUUGAUGGACAUUUGCAAUCUACAGCAGUCCUCCCAACAGGCUGAAGAUGCCUUAUCCCAAGGAAUGGAAGCUUUGCAACAGUCUCUUGUAGACACACUUUCCACUGCAUCUCUUGGCCCUGCUGCUACUGGAAAUGUUGUUGAUUACAUGGGCCAAAUGGCAAUUGCAAUGGGCAAGCUUGCCACACUAGAGAAUUUCCUCCACCAGGCUGAUCUUCUAAGGCAGCAAACACUUCAACAAAUGCAUCGAAUUUUGACAACUCGACAAGCGGCACGGGCCCUUCUAGUUAUAAACGAUUACACUUCACGCCUUCGGGCUCUUAGCUCUCUAUGGUUAGCUCGUCCUAGGGACUGAUGUUAUCCGUGUCCUCACAACUCUUCCUCGGGACAUUAUUGAGCAUUUAACAGAGUAGUUAAGCUAUUUCACCUUAUAUUAGAACCCAUUGAAAGUGUUGGGACCAAUGAGUUGGUGAUACCUCAAGUUAAUUGCUCAAAGAUAGCCCCAAUUUUGUUGUUGUUACUGUAUUUAUCAAUUGUCCUAGGGGUAAAAUACUACCUCACGGUUCACAGGAUGCCAUUGUUCAGAAGAACCCUGUUGCUGGUGUAAUCACAGGUUAUGAUGCCGUUGUCUAACCUUAUAAGAUAGUGCUGAUGCAUGAUAGAAUUUAACAAU